GACGGGCUCCAGAGCCGGGAGGGGAGGAAGCGUCGCCCCAGGAGCCCCGGUCCCGCCCAGGUACAGCCAACCAAAGGGGCGUGGAGGGGCCCAGGCGGCUGACAGCCCGCGGAAAUGCGGAGGCUCCCGUGGCCGUGGUAUGCGGAGCAGCUUCCCCCAUUGCUUUUUGCCGGAAGAUUAGAAGUGUAUUAGCCGGCUGGAGAAAUGGAGACGCCGCUCAGCGUGAGCUAAGAGGGUAGCCGGCACUUUCUCCCCGUUCAAUCCGACCGAAGAGUCUAGCGGGACGCUCCUAAAACGUAACUUAUUUGGAAACAACUCCGACUUGCUCGAUUUACGCGAACUAAAUUCGUUUUGUAAAAGUCCAAUCCGUGCAUUCGGAUCGGAGGAGCCGCUGGCACGUCUGAACCGGUUGGGGUUUCGCCUGCCUAGUGGCGCUGCCCGCAGCUGGAUUCGGGUUCCCGGAAAUCCCGCGCGCCUCGGCGGCAGAGAGAGUCCUUUACUGGAUGUCGAUUUCUCCACAGCGGAAGGAGGAGGAAAUCUUGUGCCGGUAAUUAAUUACCAAACAAGGUCACUAUGAUCCCUUGAGAGAUUGAAAACUGAAGACAUUUGCAUAACUUCAAAGACAAAAUCCACAGAAUUCCCAUCUAAGGCGGAGGAGGGAAAGGUCAAGGAAAGAAACUUUAAUAUUCUAUCAGACCUGUUUCCAGUCUACAAAAGUUGCUAUGGAGCAGAUCAGCAAUUUUUUCCAUUCCAUCUGGUCUUUUAUCUUCUUAAAACACCAGGAGGGCAUCUAUAACACAAUCUGUCUUGCUGUUUUAAUGGGGUUACCUGUUCUUGUCCUCCUUGUUGGAAUCUUCAUCUGUUGCCAUUGUUGUUUUUGUGGCCAGCAGCAAAGGGACAAAAAUAGCCACAGCAGCAGUGUUCCAAUCCAAAGGAAAAGAAGGCAUAAUAUUAUGAAGAAGAAGAAAAAGAAAGAAGAAGAUCUGUGGAUUUCAGCCCAGCCCAAAGUGUUCCUGCUGGCAAAAAGGCCAUCAUCAUUGGUUUAGAGGAUUGCAGGCGGACAAGAGUUACUUUCCUUUUGUAUACAGGAGUAUUCCUAUUCCUAUCUCAUAAUGUGUUCAGCUCCAUGUCAUAAAUCUGAGAACAUGCCAUUCUGUCUUACUUCCACAUGAAGGAAGCUACUUUUUCCGUGGCACGACAAAACCGUGGUCCACUAAAGCGCGCCCGAUUAAAGCGCGUACCUGACGUCAUCAGCGCG